AUGUUCCUCAAUCUACCUCACAGAAGCUCAGCCAGCUACCUAAACAUGACAUUGACUUUAUCAACGCCGAUGAAAUUCGAGGCAUUCCAAACAGCGAAAGAGCCUGAAAACGUUGAUAUCAUGAUCGAGGCAAAGAUUGUCAACGACCAGAUGAUUCGCCGCCUAGAGCGGGAAUUGUGUGAACCAGAGCGACACAGUCAAGCGUCAGCACCUUCCAUGGAGAAGCAUGCGCCGAGCGUCACAAACUCUGUCAAUAUUCCUGUGGAGUCGAGCAUCGACCGUAUAAGGAAAUGGAUCGAACAAGGCGGCGCUGUCUUUGCAAGCCACUUCUGGCAGGACCCCACUGAGGAAACUGACGAGAAGAAGACCAGACUGUUCUUCGACAAGACUCUAGCCCGUAUCCGCAAGAGUCGUCUAGCCAUGCGACAAAUAAUCGAAGAUCUGGAGACUGAUAUCCCUGCUUCGGAGCCUCUUCUAAGGCGUAUGAAACAAGACGAAGACUUGUUAGACGCCGCUAUACAAGCGCUUCGUACGCGCUCAGGUGACAGCAUAGUUCAAGGGUUAUCGCCAAAGAAGAUUCGCGCCAUUCAAACUUUGCGCCUCAAAAUCGAAGACACUGAUCGCGAGCUCGAAACCGCAUACAUUGCACUUAUAAAAUCUACAAGGCCUGAUCUGGUGGCUGCUGCUACUUCAGCAUUCAAGAGGCGGUUGGCAGUCGCAUCGCAGAUAGUGCAAAAGAACGCCCAUUUCACUCGUUACCUUCUUUGGGGUCUCCAGGCUCGCCUGGAGGACACGGGAGUCAAUAAAGAUGUCCUCUCAAAUUACAAGGCGGUCGCUAAUAGCCUACUGACCUUGAGGGACACGCAAAUAGCCUUGGCUCGGCUGAUAGAUCGCGCGAUGUCCGUCUAUGGUGUAGAGGCACUGAAGCCCAUGGAUUCUAUCAACUCUCUGAUGGAGCAUCCUGGAUCAACGUCACAUGAAGUGGUGUAUACGUCCGCUUCACCAGCAGUGAUUAGGUCGAGCCAACUCAAUAAGGCCCAAAUCCGUGCAGAUAUAGCUACUGAAGAGCGCCUUGCAAGUGAAGUGGAAGCACAGAAGAUGGCUAUGCAAAGGCUAUCAGACGAUGGGUAUGCGCAUGCAACACAGUCCUCUCCAUUAAAAUCAAAAGAAGAAAGUGAUGAUCUGGCACACAGGUUAUUCCGUCCCUCCGGACCAGUUUCGGAAAGUCUGACCAAGGGCACGUCUGCGCACGCACUCGAAACUGAAGAGGCAGCUAAGAAGGCCUCACAUGAUGCCAAUCUUGUUCAAGAAGUCAGAGCUGCUUAUGAGGAUACUUAUGGCCCUAUCACAGUUGGACAUACGCAGUUGGCCAAGGCCGCUGAAGAAGUCAAGAAUGAGACGGAGAUUGGAACCAAGCAGUUCGACAUGCUAAAGGAUGACCCUGUUACCACAUCUGCGCAUGCUAUAUCUCCUCAAUUACCAGAAACUCCAGUGGAAACUUGUGGUAUAACGAAUGCAUUCAAUGAAUCUACAACGAAACCCACGGCAGGACCUUCACCAGUACAGACUAACGAAGUGGCAAAGCCACUAAGUACACCUCAUACAGAUUCUGCAUCACCAGACCAGAUAGCCAUUGCUACCAACUCAAACACUUCCUGUGAUCCUUUGGCCAGUGAAUCAUCGGAUAAUAAUCCUGAUCUUUCAAAACUACCAACACACUACACAAUCCUUCUUUACAAUCCACAGACAGAUAGUGUCACCGUGAGCACUUCUACUAGCCCACCACCGCGCGACAUCACUCCAACCAUUACCCUACCUCAGGCGCUCGCGAAUCUUGACGCACCUGCAAAGUUCGUUCCAUACAUUCCUGACGAACUCGAAAUUGUUAGUGCGAACAAAGACAUGCUUGUCCUUCGCAAUUGGAUUGCCACCCUCGACGGCGCAGCCACGCGUCCUGACAGCCUGUCGAGCGCAGCUAAAAGUGUGCGUGACGAUGCUAAGAGGUCAAAACGAGACGUCAACCCCAUUGACGGAACCGCCCGCCUCAGCCCGACCGGCUAUGUCGGCCCUGAGGAGUCCCAAGAACAAUUCGAAAAAGAGUUCGAAGAGCGGAGACAAGCAGCGGAAAAGAUUACUGUCGCUCAAAGCACAUCUGAUGUUAAUCGUCAAGCCAGCAAUAGAUCUCAAACAGCACCAAAGGAGGCUGGGAAAGGAGGCGCAGGUAGUGUUGUAAAGACUGCGAUCUGGGCGGCGGCUACUUGCUAUGUCUUUGGGGUUAUCGGGGAGAUUGUUUCUGGACCCUGA